CUGCGCACACUGGCAGCGGGCGCCGCGCUCGGCAUGGGGGAACCGGAGCCGGCUUCGGAGCAGAUCCGUCUGAAGUGUAUCCGUAAGGAAGGCUUCUUCACGGUGCCUCCGGAACACAGGACCCAAGGAGAACUGCUCAUUCAGUCUACAAAUGCACCACAUUAUGAAGGUAUAUUGGGGUACAAGCUCUCUACUAGGAUGGAGACCCGAAAUACAGUGCCAGAAGUACAGGACUAUUUCUCUUUCCCCUGAUAUCCCAGAGAGAGGCAGCUCUUUUCCAUAAGGUACGCCAGGUUCUCAGAUUAUGUCUUGUUCCUCCCCCUGUACCUUAUCCAAAUCUCAGCCUGCUUCAGGUGGGCAGCAACCAGCUCCCUUUGAUCACAAAGUCACACCGGUGCCUUCCACUCACGUCCCAUUGGCCAGAAUUUAGUCACAUGAUCAUACCUAGAGGCGAGAGGGAGGCUAGAAAGUAUGGCCACCAGCUGUGUGGCUGCCUGCCACUAGGCAGUGUUUCAUAAUGCAAAGUAACGUCUGGAUGUUGGGGACAGUUAGUCUCUGCCAUAGAAACAUUUCCACUGUGUUUGGUAGAUACUUUAUGAAGAUCUUCAAGCUUUUUCCACCUCCAGAGCAUAAGAGACCAGUGCUGCUCAGUUGACUUUCUAUGAUGGUGGAAAUGUUCUCUUUUCUGAGUCAUCCAUAUGGUCACCAUGAGCCACAUGGGGCCUUACGUUUUUAGACAGCAUCUGGACCAUGAGAUUGAAAGGGUGUGGCGAGGCCAUCUUUUGAUACCACAUUCAAAGUGUCCAGCCGAGUGUCAUCAUCCCCUUUACUCAUCUGAAAAGCCCAAGUGUAUGGUUACCUUGGUGAGCAAGGCAUGAGUGGGCUCCCUGGUUCAAAAGAAGUGAAAUAUCCCCCUUUAGUCCAUCAGCUGCCAAAUCCCCACACUGCCAGAACUUUCUCUUUCAGCUGGGACGGUGCCGGAGCGUGAAGGAGUUUGAGAAGCUGAACCGCAUCGGGGAGGGCACCUAUGGCAUCGUGUACCGAGCCCGGGACACCCAGACAGAUGAGAUUGUUGCCCUGAAGAAAGUGCGGAUGGACAAGGAGAAGGAUGGGGUCCCUGUCAGCAGCCUUCGUGAGAUCACGCUACUCCUGCGCCUUCGCCAUCCAAAUAUCGUGGAGCUGAAGGAGGUGGUCGUGGGGAACCACCUGGAAAGCAUCUUUCUGGUGAUGGGUUACUGUGAGCAAGACCUGGCCAGCCUUCUGGAGAAUAUGCCGGCACCCUUCUCUGAGGCUCAGGUCAAGUGCAUUGUGCUACAGGUGCUCCGCGGCCUCCAGUACCUACACCAGAACUUCAUCAUCCACAGGGACCUAAAGGUGUCCAACCUGCUCAUGACCGAUAAGGGCUGCGUGAAGACAGCGGAUUUUGGCCUGGCCCGAGCCUAUGGCAUCCCGCUGAAGCCAAUGACCCCCAAGGUGGUCACGCUGUGGAGACCCGUGCCGAGGACACUGUUCUCUGCCACGCAUGGGACACCGCCGCACCCAGGAGCCAGCCGUCCAGCGAAGGCAGCUGUCACCGGCUAUGCUGCCUGUGUUUGUCCGAGCUGUCGUCCAGGCCAUCUCGGACUCCCAGGAAGGCUGGUGGCCGGUACCGAGCGCCUGAACUGCUGCUGGGGACCACCACGCAGACCACCAGCAUUGACAUGUGGUGAGGGAAGGGCCGCGGGCUGCGUCCUGGCUGAGCUGCUGGCCCACAAGCCCCUCUUGCCUGGCACGUCUGAGAUUCACCAGGUGGACCUGAUAGUUCAGCUGCUGGGGACGCCCAGUGAGAACAUCUGGCCGGGCUUCUCCAAGCUGCCGCUGGUCAGCCAGUACAGCCUGCGGAGACAGCCAUACAACAACCUGAAGCACAGGUUCCCGUGGCUGUCGGAGGCAGGCCUGCGCCUGCUCAACCUCCUCUUCAUGUAUGACCCGAAGAAAAGGGCGACAGCCGGGGACUGCCUAGAGAGCUCCUACUUCAAAGAGAAGCCCCUACCCUGCGAGCCGGAGCUCAUGCCCACCUUCCCCCACCACCGCAACAAGCGGGCCGCCCCGGCCACGGCCGAAAGCCAGAGCAAGCGCUGCAGGCCCUGACGGCUGCGUGGACUGACCGCUCUGCUCUCUGCCACGGGGCCCACCACUGCGCCGGAAUAGCAGGUGUGCACCUUGAAGGCCUAGAGGCUGGAUACCUGGGCUGUGGAUGCGCCAUCUGGUGGCCGUGCUGCGUAGAAACUCAGGAAGCACUGCUGGGCCCGAGUCGGUGUUGCUGGCUUGGGAGGUGCAGGGCUCUGGUGGCUGCUUGUGUUCUCUUAGUCACCAAGGCCUUUCUGGGGCAGGGAGAGGGCAAGGCUGGCAGGACUCGAUGGGAAGGAGGGAUGGAGUGGGGGGUACAGGCAGCCCAAUCAGGCUGGGGGCUGAGCCCUGUCUUCUCCCCACACUGAGGCCCCAAGGUGGGUGGCUGCAUGGCUGGGGCCAACGGGACCUCAGAGAUAAAAGGCUUUCCUGA